ACCAACAAAAACCACCUCCACACCUCUCCACUCUCACUUCACCAGGUGGCCCUCUAUAACUACCACCGCUCUUCUUGCCGCUCAAACCACCGCCAGCAGACUCAAUCCCUCUACCAAAUGACCAAAACACCCUCAUAAUAAAACUACAUUUACAAUAUCAUCCAAAUGCAAAGCCCAUUACAGAUGAAAAACAUAAAUUGGGCCAAUUACAAAACACCGUCGUUUUCACCGCAACAAACACUUUCUUCCUCUCUACUACUCAUCACACUACACAAAAAUCAUUUCAAUAAAUUCAAAUACUACAAAAGUAAUAGAAGAACCAAUCAUUACAAUAAAACUGCUAUGCCUUGUUCCACUAUUAGUACAGUCACUGGUGGUAGUGUUGCUAGCGGCGGCGGUGGUGGAGGCGGAGAUGAUAACGGCUCUCUUCGUAAUUUCAAGCUAAACGAGUCUACUUUCUUAGCUUCACUUAUGCCUAAGCGCGAGAUUGCCGCCGAUCGAUUCAUCGAGAAACAUCCUCAGUUUGAUGGACGUGGCGCUCUCAUCGCAAUCUUCGAUUCUGGAGUUGAUCCUGCUGCUUCUGGAUUACAAGUGACAUCUGAUGGAAAACCGAAGAUUCUUGAUGUUAUCGACUGUACUGGAAGUGGUGAUGUUGAUGUUUCGAAAAUUGUGAAAGCUGAUGAUGAUGGUUGCAUUCCCGGUGCUUCUGGAGCUUCUCUGGUUGUCAAUUCUUCGUGGGAAAAUCCUACCGGUGAAUGGCAUAUUGGUUAUAAGCUGGUUUAUGAGCUUUUUACUGACACUUUAACUUCUCGUUUGAAGAGAGAGAGAAAAAAGAAGUGGGAUGAGAAAAACCAGGAGGAAAUUGCUAAGGCUGUAAAGCGUCUUGACGAAUUUAAUCAGAAAUACUCAAACCCGGAUGAUGUAAAUUUGAAGAAGCUUAAAGAAGACCUCCAUAACAGAAUUGAUUUAUUAAAAAAGCAAGCUGAUAGCUAUGACGACAAGGGACCUGUCAUUGAUGCUGUUGUCUGGCAUGAUGGAGAAUUAUGGAGGGCUGCUCUUGACACACAAAGUCUUGAGGAUGACCCAGACUGUGGAAAGCUUGCAAAUUUCAUACCCCUAACUAACUAUAGAACUGAAAGGAAAUUUGGAGUGUUCAGCAAGUUAGAUGCCUGUUCAUUUGUGCUUAAUGUGUAUGAUGAGGGAAAUGUCUUAAGCAUAGUAACCGAUUGCUCUCCUCAUGGAACUCAUGUUGCUGGUAUUGCUUCUGCUUUCCACCCAAAGGAGCCAUUAUUGAAUGGAGUUGCACCUGGAGCACAAGUAAUAUCAUGCAAAAUUGGAGACUCGCGUUUAGGUUCAAUGGAGACUGGAACUGGCUUGACAAGGGCUCUCAUUGCUGCUGUAGAGCAUAAAUGUGAUCUCAUCAACAUGAGUUAUGGAGAAGCUACUUUAUUGCCUGAUUAUGGCCGUUUUGUCGACCUUGUUAAUGAAGCAGUAAAUAAACACGGUCUUAUAUUUGUAAGUAGUGCCGGUAAUAGUGGUCCAGCAUUAAACACUGUUGGUGCUCCUGGUGGUACAACUUCUAGCAUUAUAGGAGUUGGUGCAUAUGUCUCUCCUGCUAUGGCUGUUGGUGCUCACAGUGUAGUUGAACCUCCUGCUGAAGGACUUGAAUACACUUGGUCGAGCCGAGGACCAACAUCUGAUGGAGAUCUUGGAGUCUGUGUAAGUGCUCCUGGUGGGGCUGUUGCACCUGUACCUACAUGGACGCUUCAAAAACGUAUGCUCAUGAACGGAACAUCAAUGGCAUCUCCAUCUGCAUGUGGUGGAGUCGCACUACUUGUUAGUGCGAUGAAGGCUGAGGGUCUUCCAGUUAGCCCAUAUAGUGUAAGGAAGGCUCUUGAAAACACGUGUGUUCCCGUAGGUGAAUUGCUGGCAGAUAAACUAUCCACUGGACAAGGGCUUAUGCAAGUUGACAAGGCAUAUGAGUAUAUACAAAAGUCAAAGGAUAUUCCGAGUGUAUGGUAUAAAAUAAAAGUCAAUCGAUCUGGAAAAUCAACUCCAUCGUCACGAGGCAUCUAUUUGAGGGAGGCUAGUGCUUGUCAACAAUCUACAGAGUGGAGUGUGCAAGUUGAACCCCAGUUUCGUGAAGGUGCUAGUAAUUUGGAAGAGUUAGUUCCUUUUGAAGAGUGCAUUGAGUUACAUUCAACUGAAAAGGCAGUUGUGAUGGCUCCUGAGUACAUUCUCCUUACACACAAUGGACGCAGCUUCAACAUUGUGGUUGAUCCUACCAAGCUAAGUGACGGUUUACAUUAUUAUGAAGUGUAUGGAGUUGAUUGCAAAGCACCAUGGCGUGGUCCCAUUUUCAGGAUUCCAAUUACCAUAACAAAACCUAUGACUGUGAACAAUCAUUCUCCUAUUGUAUCAUUUACAAGGAUGUCAUUUCAGCCAGGUCAUAUAGAGAGGAGAUUCAUGGAAGUACCUCUUGGUGCUACUUGGGUUGAAGCAACCAUGCGAGCUUCAGGAUUUGAUACUGCUCGACGCUUUUUUGUUGACACUGUUCAGGUUUGCCCCUUGCAAAGACCAAUCAAGUGGGAGAGUGUGGUAACAUUUUCUUCUCCUACUGCCAAAAGCUUUGCGUUUCCUGUUGUGGGCGGUCAAACAAUGGAAUUAGCUAUUGCUCAGUUUUGGUCAAGUGGCAUUGGAAGUCAUGAAACCACUGCUAUAGACUUUGAGAUUGUAUUUCAUGGAAUUGACAUCAAUAAAGAGGAUAUAAUGCUUGAUGGGAGUGAAGCACCUUUCAGAAUCGAUGCUCAAGCUCUACUGGCAACUGAGAAACUUGCUCCUGUUGCCAUUUUAAAUAAGAUUAGAGUUCCAUAUCGACCAAUUGAUGCCAAACUUAGCACUCUCACUGUGGAUCGGGACAAACUGCCCUCGGGAAAACAGACACUGGCACUAACAUUAUCUUACAAAUUUAAAUUGGAGGAUGCAUCAGAAAUAAAACCUCAAGUUCCAUUGCUCAAUAAUCGCAUAUAUGACAAUAAAUUUGAGUCACAGUUUUAUAUGAUUUCAGACACUAACAAGCGCGUGUAUGCAAUGGGUGACGUCUAUCCUAAUUCAUCAAAACUUCCUAAGGGUGAAUACAACUUGCAGCUGUAUCUGAGACAUGACAAUGUGCAAUAUUUGGAAAAAAUGAAACAAUUGGUAUUGUUUGUUGAGAGAAAUUUAGAGGAAAAGGAUGUGAUUCGAUUGAAUUUUUUCUCUGAACCCGAUGGGCCUGUGAUGGGAAAUGGUACUUUUAAAUCCUCAAUUUUAGUUCCAGGAAAGAAAGAAGCAAUUUACUUGGGGCCACCAAUGAAAGACAAGCUCCCGAAGAACACUCCACAAGGAUCCGUCCUUCUGGGAGCAAUCUCAUAUGGGAAGCUAUCAUUUGCUGCUCAGGGAGAAGGGAGGAAUCCACAGAAAAACCCUGUAUCAUAUCAAGUGUCCUAUAUAGUGCCUCCAAAUAAGGUUGAAGUUGAUGAGGAUAAAGGAAAGGGGUCUUCUUCAGCUAGCUCUAAAUCCAUUUUCGAACGCCUAGAUGAAGAGGUUCGAGAUGCAAAGAUUAAAGUAUUUGGAAGCUUAAAACAAGAGACUGAUGAAGACCGCUCUGAAUGGAAAAAGCUGGCCGCCUCCCUUAAGUCUGAAUAUCCAAAUUAUACACUUCUGCUUGCAAAGAUUUUGGAAGGAUUGGUUUCUGUGAGCAACGUCAAUGACAAAGUAGGCCAUGAUGAAGAUAUUAUACGUGCAGCAGAUGAAGUUAUCGAUAGUAUCGACAGAGUUGAGCUAGCAAAAUUCUUUUCCCUCAAGAAUGAUCCUGAAGAAGAGGAGGCAGAGAAAAUUAAGAAGAAGAUGGAGACAACACGAGAUCAGUUAGCAGAGGCCCUGUAUCAGAAAGGGCUGGCCAUGUCUGAUAUUGAGUAUUUAGAGGAUUUGACAUGGAUACAUGUUGAAGUGUCUGAUCCAUUCAAAAGUCAAAACAUAGGAUACAAGGACACAUUUUCAAAGGUGGAACAGAAAGCUGAAGCUGUAACAGAAGGCACCAAAGACGCGGACAGGCCUGGUGACAAAUCUGCAGCAGGUGUUGGUAGCCAGGAAGAUUUAUUUGAGGAGAACUUUAAAGAACUACGAAAAUGGGUUGAUGUGAAGUCCUCUAAGUACGGGACCCUCUUAGUGAUACGGGAAAGACGGCGUGGAAGGCUCGGAACUGCACUUAAGGCAUUGAAUGAUAUGAUUCAAGAUGACACUGAUCCUCCAAAGAAGAAGUUUUAUGAAUUGAAGCUCUCAUUGCUUGAUGAGAUCGGGUGGAGUCAUUUGGCAGCAUAUGAGAGACAGUGGAUGCACGUGAGAUUCCCGUCAGGCCUGCCUCUAUUUUAAGAUUUCAACUGCAUUCUGAAAGAUUGGAUACCUCAUUUCAAAAUGUCUUUGGGUAAUAGGCAUGCUUCCUUUGUUGGUUCUCUGCAGUUGCUGUUAUAAAUUUAGUAUCAUAAAAAGUGCUGCAGUUGCCAUUUUAAGACUGUCAGUUUCUUUCUAAUCCUACUCUCGAAUAGAAGAGAAAGAGAAGCGGGCCUGGUAUGUACAGGUUUGCCAGCAGCAUGUACUUGAGAAAGGUACGGAACCCACUGAGAAAAAUUGUAGCGGAAGCAUUCUAGUAGGUAAAGAUAGAAGGAAUAAAUAGUCGGACCUGUAAAAGUAGAUCCAAUAUCAAAAAGUAUGAGAAGUUUGAAGUUAAGUUAAUCUUCUGUCCGGUUGUAAUAAAAUGACUCGUGCCUACUUGUUUUGGCCAAGCUUCUAGUUUUUUCUCCUGCUUGUUGUUUUAUGGAUCCAUCAAAUGAAAGGGAAAAUUCCCUUGUGCGUGAAAUGACUUGCACAAAAAAUAAUUUGUAUCUCUGUACUCUGUUGCCAUGAGAAGCGUUCGUUGUUGAUUUCUAUAACAAUAUGUAACGCUCAUUUCUAGAUUAUUAUUAAUUCAUCACGAGUGGUUCGGAGCUGA